UCGAGCAUGAGUAACGUUGACGGAUUGUCCAUGCAAGGGGCAAGCACAACUCCAACACCGGGCGGUGGUGGCAGUGGACUGUCGGACGAUGCUGACAUGGCUAGUCCCACGUCAGCCUCAAAUCCAAAGCCAAGAAGUGGAAAAAUCAAUUUCAGUGUUGACGCACUGCUGAGUGGUACGAAAAAAUCACCGGUCAAUUUCUCAACCCGGAGGAGUGUGGAGAAUGGCGACGAUGGGGGCAGUGAUAUAUCGGAGAAGAGCAUUGAGAUGCAGGAUGAAGCAAGAAGGUACCGAGACUUUUUGAUAAUGGAGCAGGAGCGGCAAAGGGGGCUGCAGAGCCGUGAGCUUUUGGCAAGACUGAGUCCACUGACACCAAGUGGAUUAUCAGCGUUUCCAAGUUUGCAUCAUUACCAUCAUCAAGCGCGCUGCAAUGCCGCAGCAGCGGCUGUGGCGGAAGACGUCAAGCGGGCAAAUGCGGAGCGACAGGAUACGAUAACCGUGAAGGAUUUCUCGAGAACAGGAUUGCACGAGGAGUCUUCAUCGCCCGUCGGCCUCGCGGACGACAGACUCAGUGGUAAUUCCAGUGGUACCUCGCCGAAACCACUGACACGUCGAACCGAGGACGAAGACCUGGACGACGACGACCUGGAUGACGAGAGAAUCACGUCGAAUCGCUCAGUAUCGCCAAUAAGACGAGAAAUUGAGAACGACAGGAGUGACUCUGAAGCUCCAAGAUCCCUGGAGGGUGAUGGUAGUUGUGAGAGACUCAUGGAAGUUGGUAGUGGUACGAGAUCCGAGGAUCUAAAUGUCAUGGAUUCUGAUUGUGAAAUGGAACGUGAAGUGGAGGGUGGAAGACACGAGAAGGAAAAAUCGAGUCCCGUUGUGCCACAGCCAAUACAUCCAGUCCAGAGGCCACCGGGGCCUUAUUUAAGUGGACCAACACCAGGAUGGUCGCCCACUGGAUUUCCACAUUCCUUGGCUGGAUUCGCGUGGCUACCCCCACCCCCCCAUCCGCAUAAUCCCCAUGGACAUCUGUAUACGCCCCAGGGUGGACCAACGAGUCCCAACGGUGACCUGAGACUACCAGGACCAGGUCCAGGACCCGUGAGAUGUACCCUGAGAAAGCACAAGCCCAAUAGAAAACCAAGAACGCCUUUUACAACUCAACAACUGCUGUCACUGGAAAAAAAAUUUCGCGAGAAGCAAUAUCUCACGAUAGCAGAGAGAGCAGAAUUCUCAUCAUCGCUUCAUCUCACAGAGACUCAGGUGAAGAUAUGGUUUCAAAAUCGUCGAGCAAAAGCGAAAAGACUGCAAGAGGCGGAGAUUGAGAAGUUGAGGCUGUCAGCAAGACCUCUUUUACACCCAAGUUUCGGUACGGGUCUCAUGUUUUCAGCGGGUGUUGGGCCACCAGGUACCCCAGGCGGUGUGCCUCCCUUCAUAGCAGCAGCAAUGGCAAGACACAGUCAUGCUGCUGCUGCCACUGCUGCCAUGUUCAUGGGCCCACCUGGACACCGGCCAUAAUAAAAUUGCCCAUCAACAUGUUGACAUAACACCGGAGAAUGUAAAAAAUCAAGGGCUAAUGUGAACUCUGGAGCUCGUGUAUUUAAAUUGAAUAUUAAUUAUGUAAAUAAUGUAAAUAAUUCAGCUCCGUUAUUGUACGAUGACUGUGGUAAGUCUCACACUGGACUGGAGUUUGUAAAUAAUAAUUCAAGAGUGGAAAAUGUCGUUUACGCGGACCUAUAGAUCUUUUACACGCUUCAGCCUUAUAAUCGAUGACGUGCG